UUUGUUUGACUCGGAAAUUACUAAAACACCCACCACCUAUAAAAACUCGCCAUCUGUCCAUCUCUCCCCCAAUUUUCAUUUUCAACUGGCAAAAAAAAUGGGCAACAGUUUAGGGGGGAAAAGAAGAGCGAAGGUAAUGAAAAUCAAUGGCGAAACGUUCAAAUUGAAGACUCCGGUUCAGGCCCGGUCGGUGUUGGAAAGCCACCCGGGUCACGUGCUGUUGGAGUCGGAGUCGGUGAGGCAUCACGGCGCCCGAGCCAAGCCGUUGGAGCCGCACCACGAGCUGAAGCCCAAGCGUCUCUAUUUUCUCGUCCAGCUGCCGAAGUUUCCGGAAGAUAAGAGCGUGCGGAGGGUGAGGUCGGGGAUUCACAUGAGCGCCAAGGACCGGCUCGACAGCUUGAUGCUGGCGCGGAGAUCGGCUUCGGAUCUGUCCACCGUUAAGCCGGUGAGGUUUGAGAUCGAGGAGGAGAGAAAAGGAAUUUUAGAAACCCGCGGUGGCGGCGGACGAGGAGUGAGGGUUACGAUGAGGUUGCCGAAGUCGGAGGUGGAGAGGUUGAUGGCUGAGAGUAAGGACGGGGCUGAGGCGGCGGAGAAAAUUGUCAGCCUCUGCAUGGCGGCCGGCGGCGGCGCUGCGGCGGAGAUGAACGCGGAGGAGUGCAAGCGAGGCCCUAAAUUGCGUGAGAAGCGCGUUGGGUUUUUGCCGAUAAACGAAGGAGACAUCCAUCUCGCUGUGGCCUCUUAGCACCGGAUAAGAAGUCACAGUACCAAAAGCAUACUACACGUGAUGAUUAUUAAAUGAUAUAAAUAUAUAUAUGUUUAUUUUCCGUAUUUUUCUAUCCGAAUUCCCUAGAAGAAUUCUCAGCAACGUAACAGAAUGUUUCUGUGAUCUAUUUGUAUAUGGAAAACUGAAUGUUAGGAUGCUGAGAAUGAGCUGAUCUUUUAUUAGCUUCUUCUUCUAUAGGUCGACUAGGUGAAUUACGAGAGAGAGGGUAGUAGUUUAUAUUAGCUUCGAUUUUGAAGUGAA